AUGUCUUCAGCUUCAAGUCUUCAUGUUGGAAGUCAUGUAACUCCAGUUUAUUUGAACUUGUACGAUUUAGGUGGAUGUACAAAUGCUUGUCUUCAUACAAUAGGUUUAUUGUAUUAUCAUUGUGCUGUUCAAGCUCAUUCAGCUGAAUAUGGUUACAUGGGACAUCCGUAUAAAUUCACUGGUCUUUAUAAAACUUCCAAACAUGAUUCACGUUUUCAUUUAUAUCGUUUACGUGAUUCGAUCGAAGUCGGUUGGACAUGGUUUAGUGAAAAAGAAAUCGAUGAAAUUGUCGAAGAUUUGAAAUUAUUUUAUCUUGGAUGUGAUUAUCAUGUUGUUGAGAAAAAUUCCAUUCAUUUUGUUAAAUAUCUUCUUGAACAACUUUCGAAUGAUGUUCAAUUGAAACAUCUCGAACCAAUCAAAAUCCUUCAAUUACCAUCUUAUAUCGAUCGCAUUCGUCGUUUAACACAGACAUUUCAUUUCUUGGAAAUGUUUGAUACCGAAAAAGACAUUGCUGAAGUGAAUAUUCUCUAUUUUCUCUACAUGAAAUAUAGAGGAGAUAUGAAAGAAAUUUGUCAAAUUCUCAAAUGUGAUACAUUGUAUCAAUUAAAAUACACAAUCAAAUUAAUCCAACAAGGUAUACAACGACGAAAUCUUCCGAUAUUUGUCGCGUUUACAACAUUCGAAUUGAAAACCGCUUAUGAAUAUUUAUACAUAAUCGAUCAAAACACGUCCGAGAAAUCAACUGACAAUCAACAGUUAACAUUAACGGAUGUGUUUCAUCAGUUUGAUACAAUUACAUUACGUGGACGAACAAGUAUUGAUCGAUAUCUUAAUAUUCAACGAACGAAAGAAAUUCAAGUUGAAAACAACAAAUCCAUAACGAAUAUUCAAUUUGAUAAUUCAAAACGAUCUUCAAUUAAACAGAAUGACAAACAGAUAAUUCUUCCAACGAUUCAUCGAUCAUCUUUACCUCAAGCAAAAUCUCAAAAUCAAGAUCAAACAUCUUUAUCAUCUCCAUCCGUAUCUAAUAUUUUCGAAUCCGAUGCACAAUUAACACCAAUCUUUCUCGAUCCAUUACUUCAAGAUUUACCAAAUUCGAAGAUUACAAAUCAACAACGAAAAUCCUCACGUAAACGAAAACUCCCUCGUGAUCUCAAAUUAACAGAUGAUCUCUAUACGAUUACAAAUCAGAAUUCAUUGUAUUACAAUUGCACAAACAAUGCUACAUUUCUCGAUUCGAAUUCAAUUUCUUGUGUGCAAAUUUCCACAAACGAAACAAUCGAUUCAAAUGUUUAG